GGCGAUGGCGGCGGGGCCGGGCCGGGAUUCCCGGGAACGGCUCGGGAUUCCCGGGGGAUGCUCCGGGGUGCUCCGGGAGCGGCCCGCAGCUCCCUGGGGAUGCUCCGCGCGCUGCUCGUGGCGGCGCUGGCGGCGGCUCCGUGCCUCGGGAAUUCCGUGCAGAGGAAGAUUUACAUCCCGCUGAACCGAACCGCGCCCUGCGUGCGCCUGCUCAACGCCACGCACCAGAUCGGCUGCCAGUCCUCGCUCAGCGGGGACACGGGCGUGAUCCACGUGGUGGAGAAGGAGGAGGAUCUGGAAUGGGCCCUUUCCACGGGCCCCAACCCCCCCUACAUGAUCCUGCUGGACGGGAAUCUCUUCUCCAGGAAGAUUUUGAUGCAGCUGAGGGGGAAUUCCCGGAUUUCCGGCCUGGCCGUGGCUCUCCCCUCUGACCCCCCUCCCGAAGGAUUUUCCCCGGGAUUGCAGUGUCCCAACGAUGGAUUUGGGGUUUACUCCGAGGACUACGGCCCGCAGUUCGCGCACUGCAACGGCUCCGUCUGGAAUCCCGGCGGCAGCGGAAUUUCCUACGAGGAUUUUCCCUUCCCCAUUUUCCUGCUGGAAGACCCCAACGAGACCCAAGUGAUCAAAGAGUGUUUCCGCGCUCACAACCUGGGCGCGGCGCCGCGCUUCCCGCUGUGCGCCAUGCAGCUGCAGGCGCGCAUGCACGCGGCCGCCAGCACCGUCAGCUGCAUGCGGCGCAGCUCGCUGCAGAGCGCCUUCAGCAUCAACCCAGAGAUCGUGUGCGACCCGCUGCUGGAUUACAACGUCUGGAGCUCCCUGCAUCCCAUCAAUUCCUCGGGAAAGGUGGAGCCCGGGCAGCGCCUCGUCCUGGCCGCCACGCGGGUGGACAGCCACUCGUUUUUCUGGAACGUGGCUCCGGGCGCCGAGGGCGCCGUCGGCUCCUUCGUGGCGCUGCUGGCGGCGGCGGCGGCGCUGCAGGCGGCUCCGGGCGCCCAGCGGCUCCCCAGGAACGUGCUCUUCGUCUUCUUCCAGGGGGAGACCUUUGAUUACAUCGGCAGCUCCCGGCUGGUGUUCGACAUGGAGCAGGAGAAAUUCCCGCUGCGCCUGGAGAACGUCGGCGCCUUCCUGGAGCUGGGGCAGGUGUCCCUGCGGAACGACUCCGUGCUCUGGAUGCACACGGAUCCCGUCUCCCGCCAGAACGCAUCCGUGGAUUUCCAGGUGAAGACUCUCCUGGCCGCGCUGCGCGAUUCCAGCUCCGGCUCCGGCGUUUCCCUGCGGGAGCCGGGAUUUUCCCAGCCCCUCCCGCCCUCGUCAUUCCAGAGGUUCCUGAGAUCCCGGAGCAUUCCCGGUGUGGUGCUCAGCGACCACCGGGCGGCCUUCCACAACAGGUACUUCCAGAGCAUCUACGACACGGCCGAGAACAUCGGGAUGCGUUAUCCCGAGGGGCUGAGCCCGGAGCAGCGGCUGCGCUUCGUCACCGGCACCGCCCAGGCGCUGGCGCAGGUGGCGACGCUGCUGGCCCGGGCCCUCUUCUCCCUGGCCGGGGGCGGCGCCGGCUCCGAGAGCAUCCGGGCGGAUCCCGAAACGGUCACCCAGCUGCUCUAUGGAUUCCUGAUCGACUCCAACAAUUCCUGGUUCCAGUCCGUGAUCAAACCCGACCAGAACGGGAUCCUGGGCCCCUUUCCCCAGCACUACGUGGCCGUCUCCAGCCCCACCAACACCACGCAGCUGCUCCAGGCCGUGCUGGGGAACCUGACCGGGACACGGCUCAACCUGAGCCGGGAGGAGUGCCAGAAUCCCGGGAAAACGCCGGGAAUGCAGCCCGAGCUGUUUGAGUACUGGUGGGUGCAGGGCCCCCGGGACGGGAAUUCCUCCGCCCGGAUUCCCGGCUGUGUCCGCUCUGGCGCCCGCCUGUCCCCGGCGCUGUCCCCCGCCUUCGAGCUGCGCCGCUGGGAUUCCCGGGAAUUCUCCACCUGGACCGAGAGCCGCUGGAAGGAAAUCCGGGCACGGAUCUUCCUGGUGGCCAGCAGGGACAUGGAGCUGCUGACGCUGUUCCUGGGGUUCCUGGUGCUGCUCCUGUCGCUGCUCCUCACCUUCCUCAUCAAUUCCAAGGCCGCGCUGCUCUUCGGGCCCCCGCCCGGCCCCUCGGGAUACUGAGAGCCCGGGAAUUCCGCGGGAACGGCCGCAACGGCGCCCUGGGGGAAAUCCCGAAUUCUGGGGUUGGAUCCCUGUCCUGGGUGGGAAAUUCCCAGAAUUCUGGGGUUGGAUCAAUGCCCUGGGUGGGAAAUUCCCAGAAUUCAGAGCUGGAUCCGGUGCACUGAGUGGCAAAUUCCCAACAUUUUCCCGGAAUUCCCAGCCGGAUCAAUCCCUUUUCCCAGGGUGGAGUUUUUCCCAAAAUCCUGAUGAAGGGGGAGGGGUUUUGGGAACUGUGAGGAAUUCCGGGGGGUCUGGGAAUGUCCCAAUGGAAAAAUUCCCUUUUUUUCUCUGGGAUUUGUAAAUAAUUUAAAUAAA